GCUACAGGGACAGAUUCAUUAUGCGGAAAUCGAUCCGCCAUUUCCUGGUUGCAAAAAUCCUGAUAGUUCGCUUCGCCUAAUUUCAGUUUGUGACAAAACAAGCAGUCAUUGGAUAGAGAAUCAGUGUACGAUCUAAACCGCUGUGGAAUGUAUAUUUCCAUAACCAAUAAUAUUGUAUAUUCAUCUGUUUGAAGCUGGCGUGUAAAACCGAAUGUAAAAGACACAAAACGAAACUUCAGCACGGGAAGCAUAGAAGUAGCACACAUAGAACAGAAGUACCGCUUCGUAUACUUGCUUUCAAUAUGAAUGAAAUAUCUAUAACUCAUAUUUCUAUGUGAAUGUGUUCGAUUCUCCCAAAAAGUUACAUAUUGUAGCAAGGGCCAGGUCAGCAUCACCAGCCAGAGGGCGCUCAGUUUCAGAUGAUUUUAUUUUGGAGAGGAAGUUAAUAGGUGGUUUGAGAGGAAUCGGAGAAACAUAAACCGUUUAUAAUCGCAAUGGAAACACAUGAUGUUGUUUAAUUCACUUGCAUUUGACUUGCGGAGUGCACAGCUUGGCUACUUUGAAUCGCGGUCGUAUAAGCGAGCUGCUGAAAGCGAUGGUUAAAGUUUGAGACCGAUCGAAUCAAAAUCAAGACGAUGAGACAAAAAAGAGACGAUCGUUGAAGAGGAUUAAAAGCGCCCGGAAACCUUUAUUUAUCUCUUCUUUGGUCAGAUUCUGCUCACUUAAUUCAUUAUUGGUGACCAGUUCCCUGGUGUUUUGUUUUACAAAAUGUACAAGAUGUAAAUCCACAGCCAUGUGGUUUAUUUUCUUUCCAUGUAAGUAAGUUAUUAGGCCUACAAUGUAGCUAUUUUCUUCAUCACAGAAUAGGUGUUUUAAGUAAAUCGGUAUACUUAGGGUUAUUGUACAUUAUUGCCUCAAUAUCGAUUAGGAAGUGCUACAUUUUCAUAUAAUGUAGCCUAAUUCAAAAUAAUUUAUUAGACCACAGACUCUUGCCUCUCUUGUUUACCGUAGGACAGCCUACAUGCACGAAAUGGACACAAAACAACUCCUAAACAUCUUUUUAAACUUUAAAUUGACUUUUUAAGAGCCGAUAAUGUUGCUAAAUCGCAUUGUUUUUGCAUUCAUACAUUUUUUAAAUCACCAAGCCCACAGCAGUCAGACCUGUUUCUAUUGGCAGUGCCCCAAUCUGCCAGAUUUGCGAUGCAUAAUCUUCAGAGGAAAAAAACAAUUUCUAUUUUUGACUGUUUUAGAUAAUCCCAAACUAGGCAAGUUAACAUUUAUUUUAUGCAUUAGGAUUAUUUAUUUACAUCCAUCCUGUAAAUGAUUCAUAUCUAAUUCAUAAACCAUUCUUUCUCCUUCAUGCUAUAUCCACAUAUCUAUAUGUGCUAAGAGCUCAUAUUUCUCUAAGGAGGCUAAUUUUAGUAAAGAAAAAAGGGUUGGAUUUCAUCCCUCUGCUUCCUACAACAGACAUCUGUUACCAGUUGAAGUAUCAUUCACUCUGAAAAUAGCAGCAAACAGGAAAUUGCUCACACACUGAAGUCUCUUCAGGUUCCCGUGUGAGGUCAUACAGAUGGGACACGGCGGUGUGGGGAGCAAAGCUGGCGCUGGCGGCUGACAGGCCCCUCCAGUGGCCAAUCAGGAUGCAUGUCUCCUCAAUGGGUGUCAGCAAGCUCUGCUUCCUGUUCUCCCUGGCUCUCUGUGCCCUGUUGCUCCUCAUCCCCACCCUCCAGCCCUCACAGCAUCAGGGGGACCUUCCCCGGCCCCGGGCCCACAACAAGCCUGCCUGGCACCCUGGACGUCUGGUGGUUCCUCUCCAGGCAGAUAUGGGGAAAGUGACAGUGGGGCGUAAUGGGAUUGAUGGUGACUCUAUGGGGCAAAGUACACCAAGAGAGACCAAUAGGACUGUGGAUGGGGACUGGGUGUAUACAGCUCGUCGAGCUGACACCCAGGGUGCUGGGAAGCAUAUAGACUCUCAGACAGGGUCAGACGGGGACUUUCUCCACAGAACUGGGGGUGUGAUGGGGGCUGGAGGGUCUCGGCCCAGGAACCCUCUGGAGCUGAAAGACAUUUUCAUAGCGGUGAAGACCACCAGGAAGUACCACAAGUCCAGAUUGGAUCUGCUGUUCCAGACCUGGGUGUCCAAAGCCAAAGAACAGACCUUUAUAUUCACAGAUGGGGAGGAUCAGGAGCUGAGGAGGAGAGCAGGGGAUAACAUCAUCAACACCAACUGUUCAGCAGCACACACACGGCAGGCCCUGUGCUGUAAGAUGUCUGUGGAAUACGACAAGUUCAUCGAGUCACAGAGGAAGUGGUUCUGCCAUAUGGAUGAUGAUAACUAUGUGAUUGUACCCAGUCUGCUGAAGCUGCUGUCCUCCUACCACCAUACGCAGGAUGUUUAUCUGGGCCGGCCCAGCCUCGACCACCCCAUAGAGGCCGCAGAGAGGGUCAAGAGUGACGGAUCUGUGUCAGUGAAGUUCUGGUUUGCUACAGGAGGAGCAGGGUUCUGUAUCAGUCGUGGUCUGGCCCUCAAGAUGAGUCCAUGGGCUAGUCUGGGCAACUUCAUCAGCACGGCGGAGAAGAUCCGUCUCCCUGACGACUGCACCAUGGGUUACAUCAUUGAGGCGCUGCUGGAGGUGACACUGACACACACACACCUCUUCCACUCCCACCUGGAGAACCUGCAGAGGCUUCCCACAGACACCGUGCUGGAGCAGGUCACUUUGAGCUACGGAGGUUUUGAGAACAGGAGGAAUGUGAUCAGCAUUGGAGGAGCCUUCUCUCUGGUGGAGGACCCGUCACGGUUUAAGACUGUCCACUGCCUCCUCUACCCAGAGACUGACUGGUGUCCUAGUUUGGGUCACCAUUGAUGACCACUACAGUACAGCAUAUCUACAAUACUUCCUACCGGCCUGGUUGACUGGUGUCCUAGUAUGGGUCACCAUUGAUGACCACUACAGUACAGCAUAUC